AUGAUGCUUUCGUGGAAAAUGUCUGCUUGCCUGGCAGCUGGAAACACUGUGGUGCACAAACCAGCGGGAGUAACACCACUAACAGCCCUGAAAUUUGCCGAAUUAGCAGCCUUGGCCGGAAUUCCCAAUGGAGUAAUCAACAUUGUCACAGGAUCAGGAGCGGAGAUUGGAAAAGUGUUAGCUGAGCAUCCGGAUGUUAGGAAAGUCGGCUUCACCGGUUCGACUGAGGUUGGCGCAGAAGUGAUGACCAGCUGUGCUAGUUCAAACAUCAAGAAGGUGUCCUUAGAGUUGGGAGGAAAAUCUCCACUGAUAAUCUUCCCGGACUGCGAUUUGGAAAGAGCAGUCAAACAGACUUGCGGCGCUGUUUUCUUCAACAAAGGAGAGAACUGCAUUGCUGCUGGCAGAAUUUUCGUUGCCGAUAGCAUUUAUGAUAGCUUCCUGAAAAAGCUAGUCGACGAGACUAAGAAGUAUGUCAUUGGAGACCCUCUUGACCGAUCGACUGCCCACGGACCACAAAAUCACAAAGCUCAUUUGAAUAAAUUACUCGAAUUCGUGAAAAAAUCAAAGGAAGGUGGAGCCAAGGUGGUUUACGGAGGAGAACGUCUACCGCGACCUGGCCUUUUCUUCCCUCCUACAAUCCUAUCAGAAGUAGAGGAUGAUAAUUUUGCUGCAAUCGAGGAAUCCUUUGGACCAAUUAUGUGUGUUAGCCGAUUUGAUGAUGAGUAA